CUCCGCCUCCGCCGCCACCGGCUGCUGCGCUCUCGGCGCGCCCCGGGGCCGGAAGGCUGCCGCGGCCCCCGCUGCGGCUGCGGCUCCCCGGGCGGGUGGCGCCGGCUGAACUCGCCGCCCUCCUCCUCCUCCUCCUCCAUGGGGCAGCGGGGCUGCUAGAUGGGCAGCUCCUCCCGUGGCGGGCAAGGCGCGCCCCUCGCCGCCCCAGCAGCAGCGCCCCAAAGCCGCCGCCGCCGCCCAAGACGCAGCGCCCGCCCGCAGCCAUGGGCGCCGCCGCCGCCUUCGUGGCCAGCCUUCUCGUGGGCUUCAUGUUGUUCAGCGCCACCGGUGCUCAGUCCAAGUUGACGUCCGAGCAGAACGCCAUAAGCCCCUCCUCCGGCACGUACAGCCACUUCGACCGGGCCACGAACAGCGAACUGACGUGUGACAAAUGUCCCGCGGGGACGUACGUGUCCAAGCACUGUACCAAUACGACCUUAAGGGAGUGCAGCGACUGUCCGAGGGGGACCUUUACAAAGCACAAAAACGGGAUUGAGAGAUGCCACCCCUGCAGGAAGCCUUGUAAGCGGCCGAUGGUGGAGAGAACGCCUUGCACGGCUUGGACCGAUCGCGAAUGCGCCUGCCCGCUCGGCCGCUUCCUCGCCAACGACACCUGCAACCUCUAUUCCGAGUGUCCCAUCGGCUGGGGCUUAAAAAAGAAAGGUACCGACACGGAGGAUGUCAGGUGCAAGCCGUGCCCUUCCGGCACUUUCUCUGAUGUGCCUUCUAGCGUCCUGAGAUGCAGAGCCUUCACGGACUGUUCCAAAAAGAAAAUGGUGGUGACGAAGCCGGGGACGAGACAGACGGACAACAUCUGUGGCCUUCCGCCCGCCCUCCUGAAUGCCGCUGGGCUUUCCUCCCGUCCAGAAGAGGAGAAAGAGCACCCCAAGGUUGCAUCUACCACUUCCCUUCCCAAAGGUGUGAACUCUUCAGCUUCCAACCUCUCCGCCACCCCAACGCCAAACCCGUACGUCAACAUGGUGGAGGCUGCAGGCCCUGGCAACGAGACGUUGAAGAACGAGUCGGCAGAGGCCAACGCGACGGCUCCAGAGCAUCCGAGGCUUCUGAACCACCAGCAGAUCCACUACCACCAGCACACCACGUCCAUUCUGAAAAUACAGCCCGCCCUGGAGAUGAGUGGCAGCGUGAAAUCCAGCAUUCCUUACAAGCCCCCUAAAAGAGGGCCUCCACGCCAGGCCGCCCACCGGCAUUUCGAUAUCAACGAACACUUGCCGUGGAUGAUCGUGCUGCUGCUGCUGGUGGUCCUGGUGGUGAUCGUGGUCUGCAGCAUCCGGAAGAGCUCGCGGACCCUGAAGAAGGGGCCCAGGCAGGAUCCCAGCGCCAUCGUGGAGAAGUCGUUGGUGAAGAAAUCUUCCACGCCGGGCCCGAGCAGGGAGAAGUGGAUCUACUAUUGCAACGGGCAUGGGAUAGACAUUCUGAAGCUGGUCGCCGCCCAAGUCGGAAGCCAGUGGAAGGACAUCUACCAGUUCCUGUGCAACGCCAGCGAGCGCGAGAUGGCGGCCUUCACCAACGGCUAUUCGGCGGAUCACGAAAGGGCCUACGCUGCACUGCAGCACUGGACCAUCCGAGGUCCCGAAGCCAGCCUCGCCCAGCUGAUCAGCGCUCUCCGCCAGCACCGGCGCACCGACGUGGUGGAGAAGAUAAGGGGCUUGAUGGAGGAUACCACACAG